AUGUGUCGAGUCCAGGAGCUGGUGUGGAUCCUCCAUAAAGCCCUGGAGGCGGCUCAGCUGGAGAAGAGAACCUGCGCAGAGUUUUUGGCGGAGAAGGGCGAACAGGAGCGUCUAGAGCUGCUGCGGCACCGCGAGCGUCAGGCGGCCGACCUGCGCGGGCGUCUGGAGGAGGCGAAGACGGAGGCGGAGGCCACGAGGAGGAGCCUGGCACAGAGAGACGCUCAGCUGGCCGAGCUGCAGGAGAACAUCGGGCUGCUGACGGAGAAGAACAACGCCAAGCAGGAGGUGAUCAUAAAGCUGUCGGAUCAGGUGACCUCCUGCAUGUCGUCCAGCGGCGGCUCAGACUCUCAGACCUUCAGGCAGCUUCAGCAGGAGAUCGAGAACCUCAAGGACGACAUCGAGGCCUACAAGAUCCAGAACAAGUUCCUGAACUCUGAGAUCUACCAGCUGACCAAACUGUGGAGGACCAGUUCAGAGCAGGAGAAGAGCCUGAUGGUGAAGUGCGCCUACCUGGAGGCCACUAACUGCCAGGUGGAGAGCCGCUACCUGGGCGUCCUGCGGCAGCUGCAGGAGACUAAAUCUCUGGAUCCGGUUCAGCGGGCGGCCGUGCAGAAGAUGAUCGAGGACGCUCUGAAGGGGGAGCUGAAGAGCAUCCUCAAGCUCAGCGUGGCCAGAGACCACGACGAGUACGGAUUCAAAAUCAUCCCCGACUACGAGGUGGAGGACAUGAAGCUGCUGGCAAAGAUUCAGGCGCUUGAGAUCCGCUCGCACAACCUGCUGCACCAGGAGAGUGGAGAGCGUCCCCUGUUGAGUCGCUGGGCUCAGUACCUCGCCGGCAGGUUGGACGAUGAUCUCUGUCCCUCACCAGAGCUCAAGUUUCUGAUGCGAAGCGGCGUCCCCCAGGAGUACCGCCAGCGGGUGUGGCGUUGGGUGGUCCGAGCCAGAACCAGGACCAUCAGAGAACGCCACCCACAGCGCUACCAGCAGCUGUGUGAGAAGAGUCGAAUGUCUCCUCAUUCGGCCUCCAGACAGAUCCAGCUGGACCUCCACCGCACCCUGACAACCAAUCAGCACUUCUCCUCUCCCUCUAGCCCCGCCCUCCAGCAGCUGCGCCGCAUCCUAUUGGCUUUCUCCUGGCAGAACCCGGCCAUUGGCUACUGUCAGGGACUCAACAGGUACACACACACAC